CCAUCUCGCAAAUGUGCAGAAAACAAAAGCUUAUCUCCCGAGACCGUAAUAAAAGGCCUCGACUCACUCAUUACUGUAGUAAUCAGUAAAAACUCUCAGCGCGCUGCAGAUUCCGUUUUAUCAAAUGUUGAUGCCUCCCUGAGAAAUUUUCAUCUUAAGUUUCCCAGAGGGAUGAAGGUCAAGGCAACAUUUUUCCCCAAUGUAAACCGCACUUUUAUGAUCGCAAAAGACGCAUAAACGUGAUAUAUUCACAAAGUAAACAAUCCAUCAAGAUUCCUUAUUCUGUCGAAUACGCGAUUUGUCACUGAAUAAGUGAGUAUCGACGUAAAUAACCCUGAACUCGAGGAAAACCUACAGGUGGUUUCAUAGUUUCAAGUAUUAUUACUUGAUUAAGGUAUUUUUGUAACAAGCUACAGGUUACAUGAAAUGAUUCCGCUAGGGAGGCGAGCUUGUAAUUUUCGACACGCGAGAGUCGGGAGAAAGUAUUAAAAAUAAUGUGCUAGGGUCGGCGGUUGAAUGAAAAAGUUUCUCCCUAAAUAUGUGCCUUGGGAGACAUCCCAUUAACGCCUGAAAGACUUUCAAGGUUUAUGCUCUAGUGGAUUUAAUAUGAGUUACUUUCAUUUAGAUAUGACUGAUGGCUGCCAAUACGCUUAUAAUAACACGUUAGAUCUUUCCACAAACAGUUGAGAACGGAAACGGAAACGCGGAGUGUAACAUUUUUUUGUCAGAACACAAUUUAUUAAGGACACAAAAGAGCAAAGCAAAUAAUAACAUUUAGACGAAUCAAAGAAUUAUAUACCAUCUGUUAGCUAACAAUAGACAUCGACCUUGAAGGCUUUUACGGAGGAGUUUUCCUUCGAAAGGGUAGGAAAUAAUUACGUUCGAGUCAGUAACCCGGGCGUGCGUUAUUGAUGGGCUCGCGCGGCGGCGCCGAGACGCGCGGUAAGUGGGUCAGGGAGGAGCGAGGGACGCGCAGUCGCUCCGACACUGCGCCCUCAACCCUCAGCCAUGGCGGACGCGCCGCCCGAGGUCCUCGAGCUCAACGUGGGCGGCGUGCACUACGCCACGACGCGCGACACGCUGCUCCGCGAGCCCGACUCGCUGCCCGCCGCCGCGCUUCAAGACUCCGACCAUCCGCGCGACGCCCGCGGACGCAUCUUCUUCGACCGGGACGGAGUUCUCUUUCGUUAUGUUUUGGAUUAUCUCCGAGACGGCGGCCUCGUGCUUCCGGAGUGUUUCCGAGAACACAAACGACUGGCUCGUGAAGCCAAACACUACAGACUCGCCGGACUAGAAAACGCGGUUCGAGAUGCUGAUCCUCGUCCUCCGAACCGCGAGAAGGGCUGCAUCACCGUCGGCUACCGAGGGAGCUUCGCGUUCGGCCGCGACGGACUCGCUGAUGUCAAGUUCCGCAAGUUAUCGCGUAUCCUCGUCUGUGGAAAGGUGAACCUUUGCCGUGAUGUGUUCGGAGAAACCCUGAACGAGUCCCGAGAUCCAGACCACGGACUUGCUGACAGGUACACUUCUCGUUUCUUUUUAAAGCACUCGUUCAUUGAACAAGCUUUCGAUAUGCUGUACGAGAACGGUUUCAAGCUGACUGCGAGCUGUGGCAGCGGCACCGCUGGCGGGGCUGCUGAGCUUAAACCAGGAGUGGAUUCAGAGGAAAAUCGUUGGAAUCAUUACAACGAAUUCGUAUUCACGCGCGAAUAAAUUGUGCGUUCUCUCGGAAUGUGAUAAUCAUCUGCUGUUGAUCGAGUGAGGCUUAAUAAUAUUUCUGUCGUUAGAAGAAUGUUUAAGAGCAUUAUUUUCAUAAAUAAUGCAUCUCUCUUGUAUCCAGAGAUAGAAGUAAUUUAACUUUGAAGUUCUCGUAAGUCGUUCGCAAUAUUUGCGUAACCGGAUAAAGCUUAAAAUAAAGUUUUCUUGUCAUUAUAAAAUGACUUCUAUGAUGGUCGAUCAUCCUAAAUGGUUGGCAAGUAACAAGGUUCAUAGAUGUCGGUGAUAUGCCGUUGAGUAAUACAAAAGUUCAAGUAAUAAAUGUUUAAUUAUUAUGUAGAUAAAGAAAACUAAACUGUAAUCAUGUAACAAAUAGGUAGUGUUAAAUGUAAAAAUAUAAAAUAGUAGUUAAUAACCUCCUUUAGGGCUAAUUUCGUGUACUGUGUACCUAUUUCUAUCAAGUUUUUCAAAUUAUUUUAUAUUCGAUUUAUAAAUCAAUGUUUAAUAAUGUAUUUUGAAAAUACUGCGUGGGCCAUCGUUUUUGAUAAAAGUAAUAUGCCAAAUUAUGAUAUGACCGUUAUGAGUAAUAUGAUGCGGUAGCUCUGAGUUACUAAAUCAUGGUGUUGUUUAUGUUUUACUUCGAGGUACGGCUGUGCCCGGUGAUGUGUUGUGAUGAAUACGUUUCCCCUUCCUCCUCGUGUAGAUUUAAGAAAAUUGGAUUUCAAAGUGUAGUAAAUAAUGCAAUGAGCGCGUGUGAAAUGUACCUUAAAAAAUAGUGUUUUAAUAGUUGAAAAAUUAUACAUCUCAGGAGAAUAUAAGAUUGUAACGAGAGCAUAAGAAUAGAACGUGAAACUUUUAUGUAACAAGUUAAAGACGCAAUUAUGACUUGAGUAUCAGAGCUGUUCAGAGUUAAACUUAGGGAAAAUAUUGUCGCGCGCACUGAAAACUUUGAUCGUUAGCAUACGAAUUUAUUUUACUACCCUAUAAUCGUUUCAAUUUUCUAAUUUUAUUGCAGUCCCCAGUUUUCUGAUGUUGCUAUGUCGAAUUUAAGCGAUCGCAGCCAUAUCAUUAGAUUACCUAGAUAAGGUGAACUUCCAUAAUUAUCUUCCCGCUUAAAAAUGUAGUUAGACAUAUUCCGUAGCCAAAUACCUCAAUGUGGAUUUAAGGUUGAAAACCGAAGGGUGUGGAUGCGAUUCCCAUGUGCUGUAAUCCGAUGUAUGAAAAGUCAAAUACUUGUAAUAGUAAAAUGUGUCAACAUACAGAAUGUAAGUCGUUGAAUAUGCGCUUAAACUUAUAGGUAAGUAGUCGCCAUUAUUAUAAUCAGCUGACUGUCACUUUGACAGAUAUUAUUCGGUAUUUUGACAGAUGAUUUCUUUUUAAUUCAUCUUUUAUUAUUGUGGGGAAAACAUGCUAUGAAUUCAGGGGUUAAGUACUUAUUGUGGCAGAAAACUAUUCAGUGUUAAUUAUGAUUAUUUUACUGUAUAAAAUAACAAAAUAUAUAAAAAUCGACUUCAAGUUGUACUAAAAUUCAUUAAUAAUAUUGUAAGUAAACUUAUAUUUUUAUUAAAAAUCAUAGAUAAAUGUAACCGAAAUCAAGUAAGUAGAGUAAUUUACCAAGUUAUGUUAGCGAAAUAAUUAUUGUGUUUAGAUGAAUUAGUUGUUAGAAAAAAAUAAUAAAAAUAUUAUUUAUUUAACAUUUAUCUGAUGGAUACUUUGAGGAUCCGUUGUGAUUGUUAUUAUAAUUUAUUUGUCUGGAGAAAAAACAGUGUUGGACCUGGACUCGAUUACUAUUGUAGGAUUUCUAAAAGAAUAGUUUUGAGAAUAAAUUUAGUUAAAAAA